AUGGCUUCCAAGGCAACCCAAGGCAGCAUAAAAGAAAUCCAAGGCGAUCUCUUCGACGCGCCAGACGGGGCAGCCUUGAUUCACGCAUGUAACUGUAUCGGAUCCUGGGGUGGUGGGAUAGCAAAAGCCUUCAAGCAGAAGUACCCAGCCGCAUACAACAUCUACCACUCCCAUUGCCAAAAAUACAAAUUCAGCCCAGAGUACCUAGUAACUUCAGAUCCACCAAACCAGCCAAACAAUGCCCAAUCAUCUACCAGAAACAAAGAAAUUCAACUACCAGAAGGCACAGCUCUGAUCAUCCCGCCUCAGGAAAAAGACUACAAGGACAAAGACAAGAAACACUGGAUCAUCUGCUUGUUCACGUCACGUAAUUAUGGGAAGAGGGUCAGUCCGCCUGAUGUCAUUAUUCGGAAUACUGAGCUUGCUGUCGCGGACAUGGUGAGGCAGAUUCAUAGACUUCGGGCUGAAGAGUCGGGGAUUGGGGAGCUUUGGUCGUGUCGGUUUAAUUCGGGACUGUUUGGUGUUGAGUGGGUGCUCUCGAAGAGGGUUUUGGAAGAGUCGGGGUUGGAUUUUGUUGUUGUGAGACCUGUGGAUGAGGAUGAGUGA